CCAAGUAGAAUUUAACAACAACCAACCAACCCGUACUCUUCGGAGGGAAACUUAUCGCCUUGCGGAAGAAGGACGGCGGUCUGCGCCCUAUCGCGAUUGGUCUGACCAUCCGCCGGCUGGCUGCCAAGAUCAUCGGCGCACGUUUAACAGACCGAACAGCCGCCAUCUUGUCUCCACAGCAGCUGGGAGUUAACGUGCGUGGCGGCGCCGAGGCUAUCGUGCAUGCCACUAGGUUGUUCUUGGAAUCGGAUGCUGAUACGACGAAGGUGGUUCUCAAAAUCGAUUUCAAGAACGCCUUCAACACAGUCUCACGGGACGCCGUCCUGGCCGCAGCGCAUGAGCAUUUUCCUGAAUACAGUGAAUUUCUACGUAGUGCCUACGGCCACCAUUCUGUGUUAUUUUUCGAGGAAUUAUUGCUGUCCUCCGAAUCCGGCGUUCAACAGGGCGAUCCUCUAGGCCCUUUACUGUUCAGCCUGGCCCUCCGAGCAGUGCUGAUCGCAUUGCGGUUGAAGUUGAACGCGUGGUUUCUCGAUGACGGAACCGUGGGCGGAACACCAGAGGCAGUUGCCGAGAGUUUUGCCGAAAUUAUUGAAGGCGCGAUGGCCAUAGGCUUGCAGGUGAACAAGUCUAAAUGCGAACUGCUUGUUCUCGGUGGAUCAGCUGAGUCCCAACGUAAAGUCACAGAGAACUUUCUUGAACGUUAUCCCAAACUGCGCAUUCUGUCGAAAUCUACCAUGUCAUUACUCGGUGCUCCUGUACUGGACGAAGCUGUCGGACCAUUACUGGACGAAAAAGCCAAAACGUUGACAUUGGUCUGUGAACGGUUGCAAGUACUUCCAAGCCAUCAUGCGCUGUUUCUCCUAAAAAACUGCCUCGGCGCACCGAAAAUUAUCUAAAUGCUACGAUGUUAUAACGCGUGGAGAUAUCCCAAGCUGCUUUAUCAGUUAGAUGAAACAUUGCGCGAAUGUUUCCAGAAGUUAUCCAAUGUGCGUACCAAUCACGACGACUAUCCGUGCUGGCGUCAGGCAUCCCUACCUGUUAGCAGAGGCGGAAUCGGCAUCCGCCGGUCGGAAGAAUUAUCUCUCCCAGCCUUUUUGGCUUCGAUUCAUUCCGUAUCCGGCUUGGUGUCCAUGCUGCUUCCAGACUACGGUGUAGUAAACGUUACUGAAGCCCUUGAUUUAUGGAAACUAGGUUCCCGUCAGCCUGAUAUCCCAGACCCCGCCUUCCGGAAGUCCCAAAAAGCGUGGGAUCUGCCACUUUGUAACGUUUCAUUGUCAACAUUAUUGGACGUGUUUCGAGGUGACGAAGUGAAUACAGCCCGCUUGCUUGCCCAGUCAAGGCCAGAAGCCGGCAUCUGGUUGAACGCAUUGCCUUCAGCUCACAUUGGAAACUUGCUGGACGACGAUGCCUUGAAAAUCAGCGUCGGUUUGCGUCUAGGUGCUACGAUCUGUGAUCCUCAUGAUUGUAACAAAUGCCACAAACCCGUCGAUGGCUAUGGUCACCACGGAUUGUCAUGCGCGUUUUCCGCGGGAAGGCAUCCACGUCACGGUGGAUUAAACAGUAUCAUUUGCAGAGCAUGCGUGUCUGCGGGUGUACCAGCAAAGUUAGAGCCGCGCGGAACAUCUCCUACAACGGAACGCCCCCCAGAUGGCUGUACGACAUUCGCCUGGAAACGCGGAAUGUGUCUAGCAUGGGAUGUGACAUGCGUAGACACAGUGGCCGCGUCACAUGUUAAAGCAACGUCCGCCACAGCGGGAGCCGCCGCUACGCAAGCCGAGGAAAAGAAAAUCAGACUGUAUUCCUAUCUGAACGGCCGCUAUAUCUUUGUCCCAAUCGCUUUUGAAAUGCUGGGCCCUUGGGGAGCGGCGGCCAUCGCCAUCGUCAAGGAGCUGGGUAAAAGACCGGAGAAGUACGCUCGCACGAAUUUCUUCGACAGCGCCUGUCGAUUGAGAUUCAACGAGGGAACGCGGCGUCAGUACUGGGCACCAUGGAUGGAGUGGAUAAGCUUAGGGGGCAUCCAUAAAUUACGUACGCGGAAAACCACGAUUUUUUCACUCCUCCCUCCCCCUUUGUAGCGGUCCGUCACGUUUGCGUGACCCCUCCCCCCUGGUUCGUUCAAUCGUAAUACAUGGAGCUGACCACCCCUCCCCCCUGGGUUCGUCGAGGCCGUCACAGCUUGUCACAAUUUUUUGACCCCUCCCUCCCUGGUUCGCUGCCAACGUUAGACGUUUUGGAAUUUGGGAGCAGUUGAACUGAUCCGACCGGAACAAGCUCACACCAUGUUUGUGUACGGGCAGAAUCACGGGGCUGCAGCACGGCAGCGUGAUCAGCGUGACUGAGAAGGGAAUGAUCGUUGAUUUUCGAUGCAGGAAACAGCGCGCGCAGUUUGUCGAGUACGGGCGCCUCUUUCACUCCAUCGAACCGCCUUCUGUCUGGAAUGCCAGUGAAGACCGUAUUGUACAAGUACUGCUGCGAGCGGCCUGCGAUGGACCUUGGCAGUGGUUCCCGGGUGAAUUGGUCCUCGAAGGAGGCCUUAGCUUUCUGGGCAGUGUUUACCUCGUCACGGCGCAGCUCCCGUACGGCGUCAUCAAGGAGCUGCUACCGCGGCAACAAGUGCGGCGACCGCCCUCCGACGUCGACCUGCUCAGCCGGCAGGUGCGACCGGAGGAAUUUCAGAGGCGCCGGUUCUCCGUGCCCAGGAUGACCCUGGUACAGCAAGAUGAGGAGGAGCCAUUCAACGCGGUUGCCAUGCCGGCUGCGAAGAGAAAACACAUGGUCAGCGGCCUCCCGUUACAAGUCGAACUGUUGGCGGAGGUGCUCCAGACGCUGGACUCUCUCAAACGCACCCGCUGCCGGCGCAUCUGCGCUCUGUGGAACGUUCUGCUCACCACCGAAUUAUAUCACACGGAUGUUAGGGUCUCCUGGCGGGCCGAGGACUGUCCGCGAUCCUGGACACAUCCCCGGUUCUGGAUACUGGCGGGGCUGCUGCACUGCGUUACCCGUCGCACCAAGGUCAUCGUUCUUAUGCACAUGAAUUUCGGCGAAGGCGACCACGCCGCCUCCAUGAUCCGUCACCUGAUCGGCCGCGUCGGGACGCUGGUGUUCUAUCGGUGUUCCUGGCCGUAUCCGGGUUUGACUUGGGACGACACGUUAUACAAUCAUGGCAGCAUCCUGCGAAUCUGCAGCAUGGCGGAUCGCGCAAUGUGGUUGCAGUGCCGAAUUGAGGAGAAACAUUUGCCGUCCGUCGUCUCGCAGUGGGCGCACUCCUGCCAACCGCAAGGAGAGCUGGAAGUUCAGCUGUGGAAUCUCUUUGAGAAGCAUAUCGUUGUGGAGGCACCGGUGGAUCGCAGCAUCCUGUCGGAAUGGAUUGCUCACUGCAUCGAGCGCGGCCAACUGGGAACCAUUACAGAGGCUCUCUAUGAUUAUCAGACCGCGGAUCCUCGGCCGUCGAACCAGUAUCGUCGCUGCCGGUGGACGGUUUCGGUCAUUGCCGGUUUGGACGUUAACAAACUAAGCCUAUUGGCCGCAGCGGUUAUGCGCUGCAUUAUGGGGAAAGCGCAAUAGCAGCCUCCGUCGCGAGAGCCAUGAGAUGUGUCAGGACGGAGCUACGUAUUGCCCUGACUCAGCCCUUCGACUCAAUGUUCUGCUUGGCUGAUUCGGGAUUCCCAUCCCCGCUUUUUCAUUCCUGUUUGACGGAUCACAGAUCCGCUAACUUCGUCGAAGAGAGUGAUUCAUCGACGAUGCGUCUCAAAGAGAUCCUACAGCUGCUUGUGUAGCUGUGGUUUGGGCUGACAGACGAUCGAGUGCUGCGCCACGAAUGCCGUCAGCAGCGUCCGCGGGAUGUGGUUGUUAGAUAGCGUAAGGUUACUGAUGGUUUAUGGUGGUGAAUGACCCUUACUGACUGACAACUUUUGUCAAAAUAUUUUGUUUCAUCCGAUACUGGAAUACCUUCGUGGUGCAAGG